GCUCGGCUCACCUUCCUUCUCCCUACCCAGAGCUACGUGCCCACCGUUUUCGAGAACUACACGGCCAGCUUCGAGAUCGACAAGCAGCGCACUGAGCUCAACAUGUGGGACACCUCAGGCUCAGCCUAUUAUGAUAAUGUCCGUCCAUUGGCAUACCCGGACUCAGAUGCUGUGCUCAUCUGCUUUGAUAUCAGCCGCCCAGAAACCUUGGACAGUGUGCUCAAGAAGUGGCAAGGGGAGACACAGGAGUUCUGCCCCAAUGCAAAGAUCGUGUUGGUUGGCUGCAAGCUGGACAUGCGGACAGACCUGAACACGCUGCGGGAGCUUUCCAAGCAGCGCCUCAUCCCAGUGACACAUGAGCAGGGCAGUGCUCUGGCACGGCAGAUUGGGGCAGUGGCCUACGCUGAGUGCUCCUCCAAGGUAUCGGAGGACAGCGUGCGGGAUGUCUUCCAUGUCACUACACUUGCCUCGGUCAACAGGAUACACAAGAACCUGAAGCGCUCCAACUCCAAACGGGGACUGAAGCGGGCAUCACAGAUGCCCAGCAGAACGAACUUACUGAAUGACACGGAGAUCAGGAAAGACCGAGCCAAGAGCUGUUCCAUCAUGUGAAAAACAGUCUGUAAAUAACAUAUGUGUGUUGUCCAUUUUGUACAGUAACUGGCCAAGACCAGGGCAUGGUGCUGGCUGUAGGAGCCAGCUUGCCUUUCUGAAGCCUUUCUUAGUCCGUAGGGCUGAGCAAAGGUCCCAGCUGCAAACUGGGGUGCAGGAGGCACCCUGCACUGCCAAGACCUCUGGGUCAGCUGCUGCAGUGCUGAUUGCUUGGGAGAAAGGAACCACUUGACAGAGAAGCAUUCAGGCGUUGGAAGGUCUAUGGUUGGAUGAAACAAAACAAUUGAGAGUGAUGCUGCAUGCAUGCCAUUCUCCUGUCCCCAUGGCCCAGCCUCUGGGUGAUGUAGGGUGGUGGGACCUGGGCUGGAGGCUGGGAGAGGGGGGGACCGCAAGCAGCAGAAUGACUGAGAGAAAGUCCUCUUCCAAUCUGCCUUCAGAAGAGAAGUGUUAUUUGAGCUGUUGCUAUCUACGGUUGGACUGGAUGGCAAGCCACCAAGAAAGCACCCUGGGGAGGAAGCGUAACCUGGUAAGCACCACGCUGAUCACCUCCUGGGAGACUAUAGAUAGGCAGCUUUUUUCACGGUACUUCAGAUACUUGAAUUCUAUUCCAAAACCAACAGAGCAGAUCUGGCUGCAAGGCCUGUCCCCGUAGAUGCAUCCUGAAAAUUGUGGUUCCUUUCAGCAAGCAAAUGUCACUCAGGAGCUUGUGCCUCGCUUCUGCCAGCCUGGUUCUUCAUCAGGCUGCUCACUGCCACAGGCAGCUGCACAUCCAGGCACACAGUGUCCUGAAAAGCAGACUGCAAUCACUCUCCAUGUCCUCUCCUCCACUCAUUUUGAACUGCAGAUUGUGCUCCAUGAUGCUGUGUUUGUCUGGUACAAGACACAAAAAGGAUUAUAUGUGUCUCUGCACCCUGACUCCACUGCAGCAGUGGGAAGAAAGGUGCUCCCUGCCCAUUUUGUAUGGCGGUACAGCCUGCUGCCAACACCUGUCAUUGCUUCUGCUGCUGCCCUCUAUAAAUGCCUUUAACAACAGUGUUAGCCUUGAUCUAAUGACACGUAGACACUUUAUGGAAAAAAAAGUCUGCUCCAUUGCCAGAUCCAGCUGUGUCGGUGAGCUACAGAAAAAAAAUAAACAAUGCUGGAAAAAGCACAGUGCUUGACUCUGUUCAUUUUUAAUAGUCAUCUUUUCAAAAUACCUUACCACCUGGCUUCUGUUUGUGUCCUCGUGGUUCACUCUAACUCUUGACAUACAUUCAUGCAUAUUUGAGCAGAAAACAGAGAGGCCUUAGCUGCAUGUAUUCAUUUUGGAGCCGAAACAUCUUCCUUGAAUAAUCUCUCAUUCCAUCCUGACUCAUUCAGUAAUAGGCAGCACUUGCAGCUUGUAUGUGCCUGAUUCACCAAUCUGAGCUGAUAUGAGAUGCCCUCAUCCUCACUGUAAUUCUAGCUUCAAAUGAAGAUGGCUUUCACCUAAUAUUUUGUAUCUCCUGUCCUGCCCAGGGCUCAGGCUUCAUCUGCGUCACAAAGACUUCUUAGGAAACUGGAACAGCUAAGCUGCCUGGUGGCUCCCCACAAAACUGUGGAGCUCUCCGUGUUUCUGGGCUGCUGUGUGGAGCUCAGCUUGGCUCAGUGGCUUUGUUUACUUUGCUGCAGCCACAGCUCUGUUUCACUUGCUGCUGCAAGUGAUUUUCUUUCUGUGCACUGCAUUUCCCAGGCUAUGGCUGCUAAAGAAGGCGCUUGGGGAUGGAUUGUGGCAGUGUAAAGACAUGUCCCAGCAUUAGUUUGCAAGAAUCCGUCAGAAUGCCAGCGAAUGCCUCUCAGGAGACUAAGGCAACUGAAAUAGCCUCCAAGAACAUUUAUCAUAAAGUAGCUGAGCUGGAUCCAUGGGUGAGGAAAAGCAGAGACAUUAAAGCCUGUGGGGAUAAGCCCUUACAGCCUCAUAUUCCAUCAUCGGGCUCCUUUCUUACAGGCAUGUGACCAAUGCUGCUGCUGCGAGUGGCUCAGACGCAGAAAUCAAGACAGCCAAAGGUAUUUUGGAUUGCUGAUCUUUAAGAAAGUGGUUUCCAGGAGAAUGGAACUGUGUCAGCAUUCACUGAAUCUACCUUCCUUGGCACAAUAACCAAGGUAUCUCUACAUGCUUGGGGCAUCUUCCACUUGCUGUCUGAAGCAUCAUGGUGGGGUACAAGGGCUGUCCUAAUGCCUGUGAGACAGCCUGGUGCUCUGGAGGCUCUAAUGACAGCAGCCACAUCCCACCCCAGGGCUGGUGUCAGGGCUCACAGGCACAGGACUGAACACAAACUGGCAUUCGGGAGAGGAUCCCCAGGCGAACUGGAGAUGUGUUGAGCUGCCUGCCAGCAGGCAGGGCUGAAGAGAUGAAAAGCAGGCAGCAACAAAGGGCCUGACACCAUGAGUCAGCAGGGAAGCAAAAAUGCAAGUGGUAACAGAGCAGCAACAGAAAAGAGAGCAUUUGUGGGGUUUAUGGGGCAUUUUUCCAGGAGCCUGAACUGCUUAACUCCUGCAGUACUGCUGCUGUCUGUAGACACCUUCUUUCUGGAGCACUACAAAAGCCACAUGGCAAGUGACUGUGAAUAUGUUUAUACUGCUGCUUGCACUUGGCAGCCUGAUCUGGUGGGCAACAGGCACCCUACAGCAGGGGCUGAGGCUGGGGUGGGCUGUGGGGUCCCUUCCAACCCAACCACGCUAUGAUUCUAUGUAUGGAAGGAGCUCCAGAAACAUGGUAGAACCUUUUGUUGAAAACUUUUGUUUUGUGGAUUCAUUUAUUUUCCAUACUGAAAGGAAAUGUCAUUUUUGCUAUGCUGUUCAGCUUAGAUCCAACUAGCUGGAAACAAGUGGUACAAUAAUAAUAUUGGAAUGAAAGUAAUUGGUGACCAGCUGCUUCUAGAACAGACCAAAAAAA